AUGGAUCGUCCAGGGAAGACAGUUGCUAUUUCAACAGUCGUACAAACUUCAUCAAAGACCUCGAACCUGGAGUUGGAAUUCGGAUGUGAACCGACGAAACCUCAACCGAAUUCACAAUGGAAGCAAUUAUCACCCGAAGUAUGUCAUCCGAGAUUUGCGGCAUCAGCUCCGAACUCACCUUAUGAUAUGAUCUUCGGAAUGGCUCUUCUGCGACAUUACGCCACGAUUCUGGCUAUCAAUCAUUUGAAAACCCAUUUAAAAGAUGUGAAAUAUUGCACCAGGUAA